UACUCACUUCUUUUCGUCAUUUAUUAAUACAUCCAUUCGUAGUCCUCGAAAAGAUUUAGCUGUUUUAAGGAAGUUAUACUUUCAUUUCAAAUUAUUUAUAUGCUUGUUUAAAAUCGCCAAACAAAAAUUUAAGUAAUUUAUUCGCUCUUGUAAAAAAAUUAAUACUUUCAAGAGUAAGUAUAUUAAGAAUAUGUCAGCAGAGUCGCACGCCGAACACGGUAUUCAUGAUGAGGACAUACACGACAGCACGUACCAGCCACCGCCGGAAAAAACUAUUGAGGAAAUAAUGGCUGUAGAUCAAGAGGAUGAGAGUUUACGUCGCUACAAAGAGGCUUUGUUGGGGCCUGCACAGGCUGAAAAAAUUAUUGUCGAUUCCAAUGAUCAACGCAAAGUGAUCGUGAAGAAAUUGGCUUUGGUAGUUGAGGGGAGAGAUGAUAUGGAACUUGAUUUAACAGGUGAUCUAAGUCAACUAAAGAAACAGGUAUUCGUCAUUAAAGAAGGAGUUCACUAUAAAGUGCGUAUAGACUUUAUUGUGCAAAGAGAGAUUGUUCAUGGCCUUAAAUACGUACAAAAGACUUAUAGAUUGGGUGUACCAGUUGUUGUUGAUAAAAUGACUCAUAUGGUUGGCUCAUAUCCACCGAAAAAAGAAAUUCAAUUCUAUUUAACACCAUCUGAAGAAGCACCAGCAGGCCUGAUGGCACGUGGUACGUAUUCAGUUGCAUCGUUAUUCACCGACGACGAUAAGCACAUACACUUGAAAUGGGAUUGGACUUUCGAAAUAAAAAAAGAUUGGGAAUAAAGAAGUGCCAAAAUGAUCAGAAGCUAUCACAACUCUUAUAAUAUUAACAGUUUUUAGCUGGAGCGCUCUGCUAACUUGAUCUAAAGCAAUUUUUACGACAUCCGUAAGAACUGAAUCGUUUUGCUUCCUUUAAUUUAAGAAAAUACUAAAGUAUUCUAAAUUGUGUAUUUAAGCAAUGGCAGUCGCCAGUUUUGAUGUAUGUAUAGCAUUUCAAAAUUUUAUUUCUUUACUUUAAUAAACAAAAUGUGUUUUUUUUGAGUUGUGUACACAUAAGAUCAUAUUUUAUUUAACUUUGAUACCUCAUGUAAUAUUUCACUAUAAUAUAAAUAUGUGGAAAACGUAUUCCACCUUUUUCCUCAAUUAUAUCAAAAAACAUAGUCACAAGUCGGAAUUCUCUUUUGCCUUUGAAUAAAUUGUGUAAAAUAAAUAAAUAUUAUAUUUCUUACCAGUUUGCAAAUUUGUAGAAUUAUUUUGGAGUAUUAAUUAUUUGGGGUAUGUUCAUUGUUGAAUAAUAGUUAAAAGUAAAGCCGACACAAAAAUAUAUAAAAACAUACUUGCAUUAAUAUAUGUAUAAUACUGCAAAGGUUAUUUAUUAACAAAAUUAGCAUUAACUAUGAAAAAAUACCUAUGAGAGGAGCACCCUGCAGAGCUCCCAUGAUCAAAACAAAAGUAUUAGUAAUCAAAAUAAAGGAAAAGAAAUUAUUCUAAAGGAAAUAUUAAAGCGAUACCAAAUUUACUUUAUAUUUGGAAUAUUGUACAAAGUGUAAUCAGCAUAAGCAAUUUGGAAAUACAGAAUAAUUGUAAUUGACAAA